AUGCCUCGAGGAGCAGAAUACGACGACGGAAAGCCUCAUUCCGACAACGCCAUCGAGGCCGAACACGACAUUGUCCAUGGAGGCUCAAAGUCCACAUCCGAGGCCGAGCUCUCUGGCCCCAAGAAAGCCGCCCCUCUCCCGGAAGGCAUGGACGAGAUGAACGACCGCACCCUCAGCGGCGGAGCGGCCCUCGGACACCAGAGUGGAAAAGGCGGACACGAUCCCCGGACAAUGGGCGAGCACAAGGGGCUUUCUGGACACAGGGUGGUGGGAACGGCCGAUCCGCACCCCAUGGAUUUGAAGGAUGAUCAGCAGCCUCGAGGCAGCGGAUUGCCCAGGUAA